ACAAAUGCCACCAGUUAAACCGGAAUCCAGUUAAACUGGAACACCGGAAGUAUAGCUGUUUAUCUUCCGGUGCCGUACUUGCUGGAUGUAGCCUAGCUAGCCAAACAUUAGCCAGCAGCGAGAUAAAACGUCUUGAAAACGUUUUUUGUUUUGUUUUUUAAAUAAGGAACACCAACCCCAGUUACAAUCAGUCAGUAAGUGAGCGUUCUUUCAGUUUAAUUCAGGCAGGUUUGUCGCAAAAUAGCUAGCGUCCUUCUUGUCCAACGUGGGCAGUUGUGUUGGUGGUAGGCUACAUGAGCCAUGGAAGGACCGUCUUUUAGUUUAGCUGUCCGGAGAGACAGGCCGCUGUGGCCGGCUGCAGGCAGGAGAGAGUCCGGCGGGGAUGCAGAGACCGACAGGGACAUGAAGACACACUUCCGCGUCUGUCGCUUCAUUAUGGAGACAGGAGUGAAGCUGAGGAUGCGCUCGGUGCCCGUGGCCACAGCCUGCGUGUUGUACCACCGAUUCUUUGAACGCGUCAGACUGCAGGCGUAUGAACCCUACCUGGUGGCCAUGAGCUGUGUGUACCUGGCUGGCAAAGUGGAGGAGCAACACACCAGGACCCGUGACAUCAUCAACGUCAGCCAUAGGUAUUUCAACAGUGGCAGUGCUCCUCUAGAAUGUGACAAGGAGUUCUGGGAUUUGAGGGACAGCGUGGUGCAGUGCGAGCUGCUCAUCCUCCGACAGCUCAACUUCCACGUCUCCAUUGAACACCCUCACAAGUAUUUACUCCACUACCUGAUGUCUGUGAAGUCGCUGGUGAACCGCCACGCGUGGUCUCGAACCCCCAUCGCAGAGACUUCCUGGGCAUUGCUGAGAGACUGUUACCAUGGAGCCAUGUGCAUCCGCCACACACCACAACACAUUGCAAUAGCAACGUUGCACCUGGCUCUGGACAGCUACGGGGUGGAGCUGCCGGUCGGGGAGAAAGAGUGGUGGCAGGUGCUGUGUGUGGACGUGACCAAAGCAGACAUCGACGCUGUGAUCUCUGACCUUCUGCAGCUCUACGACAUGGAGGCCAAGUGUAUCUGAAGGGCGCACAUGACAGUUGAUCCGUCUGUGUGUGUCUGGGGGCCAGGAAGAGCAUGUGCACGUGCCAUACUCUGCAUGUCAGUGUCGGGGUUCAGGUGUGUACCCGCGUGAGAGAAAGGAACACUUUGUUUUUGCUCCAGUUAUUCUCAGAUGAGAGAAAAUCCCAGCUGUGUGCUGCCACUUGGGGGAGACAUUUCUCGCUUUGUGGUGUCCGAUGCAGGCUGCUAGAUCUGCAUGAUAACGAGGAACAUUGGAUGUCCUAUACUAUAUAUCAAAACCAGUUUUAAGAUGCAGAAAUGGUAUUGGCAUUCAAAUUAUUAUAUAAAAUGUAAGUUUCACGUAUCAACACGUUGGCCUCCGUUAGUGUUAAUACCCCGUGGUUUAUAGUGGGAUGUUUGGCAGCUCGUGUUUUCUGUGUUUCUUCAGCGCUGCCAUUCACAGAGAUGUUUUCAUGGGUUAACUAAAAUAAUGUUUGUCAUUUUGGGGAAGGACCUAUUGGAUGUAAAAGAUGUGAGGACGCGACCUGAUGUACUUUUUCAGACUAACGUUUCUGCUGUUUAAAGAGCAGAUUUAAUUUGGACUGUGUUAAGUUCAAAUGACCUCCUCCCCUAUCCUGUGUCAAGGAUAUAUCUGCUGAUGUACUACAUUUGAUCCCUGUCAAUAACUGACAUGGAAAGACCAAUUAAAUAAUUAAAAUAGUAGUUUCAAUAUCUUUGUUCUCUUCUGUUUUUGGAAUAAAAGCAAAACACAACAAAUAAAGUUGUCAUGAAAUAAU